AUGACACGAAUUAUUCCAAGCAAUGAUGACAACCCCCAACGAGCUUCAACUGAUGACCAGGAAGAAACAUCAUCUCUAUUUGAUGCUGACACCAAGUCUCAAGGAGAAGCCAAAGCUCAAAGAAGAAAUCCAUGUUUGGGAUUUUUACUUUCCAUUCGUCUGUUCCUCGUAUUGUUGAUUAUGGGUCUGGUAUUAGUAACGGCCAUCUCCAUCUGGAUUGCCUCCUAUUUAAUGAACCAACAUGCGGCUGUUCAAUCCACCAAAGUUCUCAUCGACAACAUCAAUCAGAAAGUAUCUAUUUUCUUGGAUGGCUAUUUGAACGUGGCAAAGAGUGUUGCAUUUACUCUCUCUGACGAUUAUCAUCGCUUUGUAGUGAACACAGACCAUUCCAUUUUUACCUAUCACUACAAUCGGUUAGUUCAAACGAGUGUGACCUUAAUGAACUUGUGUUUUGGAGAGAAUGGUAUGAAUGGAAUUUAUGCUCUCGAUGCCAAAUCAUAUGCUGUACAAAACUUCAACGAGUCUAAAGUUGUCAUUGUUGCCGUGAAUUUUACAGGAGCAUCAUUCACCAAUAAGGUACUCAUCAAUAUUCCAUAUGUUGUGAACAAGACCGAUUAUUACAUGGAAUCUGUACGUAUAUUUUCAGUAUACCCAAACGGAGGAUUUGGCCAGCCUUAUAAGGUACUCUCAGGAGGAGCUCAAUCAAUGUUCUACUCUGCUCCUGUCUAUGACAGAAGUUUAUUUCCUUCCAAAAAAGUUCGAGUGGGUAUCUCCAAGAUUAACAUUUCUCUCGGUGCCAUUUCCCAAUUCUUGUCCAAUUUAAAGAUUCUCAAUCGUGGUUAUAUUAUUUUAACCGAAUAUGAAAAUGACAUGGUUAUUGGCUCAAAUUUGGUUAUUCCAGGAGUUGGAGUGGAUCGAAUUCCAGUUCGAAAUGUCACAACUCGGCGUGCAGGAGAAUUGAUGAGUUCAUUCCUUUCACUGAAUGCUUCAGAAGAUACCAUCAUUACCAUGCAGGGAAAAGAUGGAAUUAACUACAUGAUAUCUGCUUCAUCUUACCGAAUUGACAAUCUGAGAUGGAAAAUGAUUUUUGUCUUUGAGCAAGACGAAAUUCUUGAAAGUGUCAUUUUGAGUAGUUAUUCCGUUCUCGGUGUCACAAUUGGAGUUACUGUCAUUGGUUUGUUUAUGAGCAUUUUGAUAGGAUGGGCCAUCACCAAUCCACUGCAAGUUCUCCAAAAUGAUUUUAGAAAAAUUGAAGUCAUGCAACUUGCUGAUAUCAAACCACAUUCUUCAAUCUUUACCGAAACAAAGAAUAUUUAUUUAAGUAUUACUGAUACUGUCAAUUGGUUAAGAGAGUUUAGAGCAUUCUUACCAGAAAACAUUCUUAAUCAAUUGGAAACACAUCACGCAUCUAAUGAGAGUACUGAGAACAGCAACUCUAGAAAAUCAGAGACUCCAGAAAGCAAACCACUUCAAGCUACAAACAACAACGAAGCUACUUCCAAAAAUGAUGGUCACAACCAUAGUAGCGUCCCUAUGAGCGAAUCAAAACAAAACCUAUCAGCUAGUUCUUUUUCAUCACGACAAUCAGAAUCAACUCGUCGUUCCGAUCGAGCUGUGGCAAGAGAUUUAUUCAAGAUUGGUCUUUCAAACAAAGAAUGCUGUAUAAUGUAUAUUAAGGUUUGCAACGUGACAGAUAGGCUGUAUGACAACCCGCACGAUUUGAGUGGUUUAAUCUCAAAAUACUAUGCUAGUUUAGCACAAAUAUGUAAAACCAUGAAGGUCGAUAUUCACCCAAGAAGCUAUGACGAGUUUGUCAUUGUAUUCAAUGAUAAUGUCUAUACUUUAGAGGCCGCCUUGAGAAUUAGAUCCUUGUUCUCAUCGCUCAAUGAGAGUCUCAAGAAGGAAGGUAAGGCCCGAGAGCAACUAGGUCUCAAUAUUGGAAUAUCGUACGGAAGUUGCUUACAAGGUAAUAUUGGUAACAAACAAACCAGAUAUUAUUGCAUGACUGGCUAUAGUAUGAAAUGUUCUCGGGAAUUGUGUUAUCUCAAUCACGCUUGUGGAACUACCAUUCUGGUAGACGAAAAAACAUUUUCCAAGAAUAAGGCUAAUCAAAAUUUCAUUUUCAGACCAGCUGAGAGGUAUUACUCUCUUGGUGACAUGGAAUCCAGUCCUCAAUUUGUUUACGAGCUGAUGAGAAAGAAUGUGGUGCACGAUGAUGAGUGGCUGUAUGAACUCGAGUCAAAAAAAGCCAACGAAAAGAUCACUCGACUCUGUGCUCUGUAUCCUUAUCUGUUUUCAUCAGAUGCGACAUCUGAAAAGCUGUCAGAGCUUGUUGAAUGUGUGAGAUCGUUGAAGGAAUCAGCAACUCAAGGAGAUGACAAACUACUGCGCCAGUUGGAGGAACUUGCGACCAAAAGAGCAAACCAAAAUGAAGACCUAACUCACUACAAAACUUGCAUUGGCAUAUCCGCUACUCAAGAUUGUGAUGAAUUAGAUGGCAAGAUUUUUACCUUGUAA